UCUUCCAACGAGAAAGCUAGUGAUGGCAACGAAAUGUCUUGCCGAUAUCGAAGUAGGGCAAAGUGACUCAGCUAUCGAGCUAUUCUACGGCAACCCUAGGAAAGUAUUCGAAAACGAAUCUGAUUCCGACAGCGAGACAGAAGAGACGACUCUUGAACAAAUUCCCUCUAAUCAACUGAGCAACGAUCUAGUCCAAGUUGGAGACAGUUUCGCAAAAGCCCAACUAGACGGAAAGCAACGCCACAAGGGAAAAAAUCCCCUCCGCAGAGCAUACUCUCUACAAUCAGGCGAACUCACCAUCGAUCGAAAAUACAAACCAAUUAUUCGAAUAAAACCUAGUUUACGAAGUAAACUCUCUGAGGAUCAGGUGGAAGAACUAAAGGAUAUCGGUAUGCAAGACUCUCUUAUUCUGAGAUCGCUAUCUACUCCGUGCCCCUCUGAACUAGACGAAUGUCACUCCGAAUGUCGACUAGACGGAACGGUGAACCAGGCAAGAGGGGAUGGUGAGAGAACGGACGAACAGCUGCCGUUGCACAGCUCGCGCGUAAACGUGCAAAUUUCAGCCAACGUUGGCACUCAAGAGCAGGAACUGACUCGACGCGGAGGAUUGACAAAUCUACAAACAACCACCAACUAACGUCACUCGAGAACACGCAAGAGAUAACAUAUUGGCUAAUUGUAUGACUCCUGAAGAAUACAUAUACAGAAUAGUGUAACAUCUGAUAUAUUCACAGAACCAUUACUUGAACAUACGUGAA